UUUCACAUUUUAUCACUUCAUUCUUUAUACGAUUUGUGUGUGUAUGUGUGUGUGUUUGUGUGUGUGUGUGCAUGUGUAUGUAUGUGUGUGUGUGUGUGCAUGCGUGUGUAUAUAUAUAUAUAUAUAUAUGUGUGUGUGUGUGUGUACGUAUUUAUCUUUGCAUAUCUCCUAGAUAGACAAUGUAUAUGUGUGUGUGUAUGUGUGUGUGUGUGUGUGUGUGCGUGUGUAUAUGUGUGUGUAUACGUGUGCAUAUAUGUGUUGUAUGUGUGUGCAUGUGUGUAUGUCUUACUGUAUUUUCUUUUUUUUUUAAUAGAAAUAAAUUAA